AUGGCGUCGAAGCCGGCAACAGUCGAGAAGCGCAAAGCUAGAGCAUCCAUAUCACCACCACCUACGAAGCGUUCUCUCACUAGCGGAACAACCAAGAGUGCUGUAUCUAGCUUUUUCACCCCGACGUCACAAAAACCGAAAGAUCGAACGUCAUGGUCUGAGCGAAAAGACGACCCCAAUAAGCCAGCAACACUGCUUGUAGGCAAAUAUACACCAGAAACAGAGGGCAAAAAAACGGAAAAACGCCGGAAAAUCGCGGCGUUUGACUUGGACUCGACCUUGAUCGACACGAGCUCGGGAAGAAAGCAUGCGAAGGACGCUUCAGACUGGCGGUGGUGGGACGCGCGAGUACCAGGAAAAUUAAAGGAGCUCUAUGAGGACGACUAUCAAAUAGCCAUUCUAUCCAACCAAGGCGGAAUCACUCUUCACGUUGAUCCAAAGAGUAAAGCGCCCCAAAAGUACACGGCAAAGCGACUGGACGAAUUCAAAGAGAAAGGGUCGGCCAUAUUGCGACACCUCGACUUGCCAGUUACGAUCUACGCGGCUACAGGGAAGGACAAUUUCAGAAAGCCUCGAAGAGGGAUGUGGGAUGAAGUUCUCAAGGACAUGGGCGUGGAAGCCAAAGAUAUUGAUCUGGAGAAGAGCGUCUUUGUGGGCGAUGCAGGAGGUCGCCUAGCUACUGUCUACAAUGGUAAAGUAAUUGUCAAAGACUUUAGUUGCUCGGAUCGGAAUCUCGCACACAAUGUUGGAGUUCCCUUCAAGACACCAGAGGAAUAUUUCCUGGAACACGAGCCACGCAAGUGGGAACGCGAAUUAGACCUGGUCCACUACCCUCUCGAGAGCGCAGAGGGCCAGACGCCGCUCUUUAAGAAGAAAAACGACAAAGAUAUUGUCCUCUUUUGUGGCUGGCCCGGGGCUGGGAAGAGCACGUUUUAUUGGAAGCAUCUGGAGCCGCUGGGCUACGAGCGUGUAAAUCAGGACACGCUAAAGACGAGGGAGAAAUGCGUGCAAGCAGCAAAGGAAUUCCUUGACGAGGGAUCAUCAGUAGCAGUGGAUAAUACGAAUGCUGACCCAGCAACACGUAAAAUCUGGAUCGAUCUGGCGAGAGCCUUCAAGGUGCCUAUCCGCUGUGUAUCAUUCACAACGCCAGCCGCUGUUUGCCGGCACAAUGACGCCGUGCGAUCGCUAAACAAGCCGCUGAACCCAGAGAACAGAGAAGUGCUGCCAGAUGUGGCUUUCACCGGGUUCCAGAGCCGGUACAAGGCACCACAAGAGAGCGAAGGAUUUCAAGACAUUACAGAGGUUGAAUUUAGGUUUCGGGGCACGGAGGAGGAUUACAAAAUCUGGGGACGGUACUGGCUGUGA